UAACAGCGCCGUGAGCGGAGACAGCUGAAGAAGUCACCGAUCCUGAUGAGCCGAUAUACGGAGAGGGAAAUGCGUUUUUUUUCUCCAGCAAAAGCUUUUCCGUCGCCCUAGUGAUCCAUUCACUGGAUUUUUAAGUGUCGUCGCUUACUGGGAUUCAGGGAUUGAGUUUAUGUGUGGAUUAUUGGAACCCGGAGGCCCCGUUGAGUUGAAUGUGUGUGCUGGGCUGGAGUGGGUCAGUAUGAGGCUGCUUCUGCUGCUCUGAGCGGGGGCUCUCAGCACCUUUGCCUCGGGUCUGUGAAGAAAUAACGUUUACCCAUAAAACUGGACACCUCUGGAGCAGUUUAUGACGUUCAUUUAAACAAACUGUCCGAAAGAACCGGUUCACAGAAAAGAAUUCGGACUUCCCAUCACUAAGCUGCACUGAUUCUCAAAGACAUCUGGAUUAUGCUUUGAUACUCAGGUUGGACCGUAAUGACCGCACGCUUCCGGUUGCCUGCAGGCAGAUCCUACAAUGUCCGGGCGACGGAGCUGGCACGCGACAGGCAGCGCACCGAGGUGGUCUGCAACAUUCUUCUUUUGGACAACACUGUCCAGCCUUUUAAAAUCAAUAAGCACGAUCAAGGACAGAUCCUCCUGGAUGCUGUCUUUAAGCAUCUGGAGCUGACUGAGAGAGACUAUUUUGGGUUGCACCUGGCCGACGAUUCCUCUGAUUGCCCGAGGUGGCUGGAUCCAAAUAAACCCAUAAGGAAGCAAUUAAAAAGGGGCUCCCCGCAUCAUCUGAAUUUCCGGGUUAAAUUUUUUGUGAGUGACCCCAACAAACUUCAGGAAGAAUACACCCGGUACCAGUAUUUUUUGCAGAUUAAGCAGGACAUACUCAGUGGAAGACUGCCCUGUCCGCACAAUACUGCCGCACUCCUGGCAUCGUACGCUGUUCAGUCUGAGCUGGGCGAUUACAGCGAGGUUGAUAAUUCACCAGGGUACCUGUCUGAGUUCUUCUUCAUCCCAAACCAGCCCCAGAGCUUUGAAAAAGAGAUCACCAAACAUCACCAGCAGCACAGUGGACUUACCCCAGCACAGUCUGAAUUCAAUUACCUGAACACGGCACGAACGUUGGAGCUCUAUGGAGUGGAACUGCACUAUGCAAGGGAUCAAAGCAACACAGAGAUUUUCAUUGGCGUGAUGUCAGCUGGCAUAGCCAUCUAUAAGAACAGGGUACGAAUCAGCUACUUUCCAUGGUUGAAGAUUGUGAAAAUAUCUUUUAAAUGCAAACAGUUUUUCAUCCAGCUAAAAAAAGAGGCGAAUGAAACAAGAGAUACAUUGCUGGGCUUCAACAUGGUAAACUACAGGGCUUGCAAGAACCUCUGGAAGGCCUGUGUGGAACACCAUACAUUCUUUCGGCUGGAUCACCCUGUUCCCUCACAGAAGAACUUCUUUGCACACUACUUCAGUUUGGGCUCCAAAUUUCGUUACUGCGGGAGGACGGAAGCACAAUCUGUUCAGUAUGGCAAGGAGAAGGGAAUCAAGGGCAGAGUAUUUGCAAGAUCUCCAAGCAAGCCCCUGGGCAGGAAGUUGAUGGGUGUGACGGAUUGGGAAGCAAUGAGCAGGAACUCACUGUCUGAGGAGAGGCUGGAGACCCGUAGCCUGCCCACCCGCUCACCCCCUGGGACGCCCAACCAGAACUACUUGUUUGUUCAAGAGGGUUCCCGGCUGCGGCCCUUUUCCAUGGGUCACCUGGUGGACCAUGUCAUCCAUGCCUCACCUAGCCUGCCUGCUUUCUCCAAUCACAAAUCGGCCUCCUCUAUGCAGGCCAACAGCAUCAGCCUGGAGUCUACGCCGUCUCCAGAAGGCGUUGAAGGCCUGCCCCCUGCCCUCCCACCCAAACAGUCCCGGAAGAACCUGAGCCAACUUAUACUGUCCCACUCACAACAGGACUUGGACAACCACAUCAACGAAAUGUACGAUGUACCCAUAGCCACAGACAAGGCCACGCCCAAUGGAGUCAUUCAUCAUGACAAUCUUGUCCUGAUCAAGAUGAAACCAGAUGAGAAUGGAAGAUUUGGGUUUAAUGUGAAGGGUGGCUCUGAUCAGAAGAUGCCCAUUAUCGUGUCUCGGGUAGCGCCUGGAACAUCGGCUGAUUUGUGUGUGCCUCGUCUAAACGAGGGUGAUCAGGUUGUGUUGAUCAAUGGUCAAGAUAUUUCAGAGCACACGCAUGAUCAGGUAGUCACAUUCAUCAAGGCCAGCUGUGAGAGUCACUCGGGGGAGCUCAUCCUGUUGGUACGCCCCAAUGCUAUCUACGAUGUAGUUGAGGAGAAACUGGAGACAGAGCCAGAUUUUCAGUACAUCCCAGAGAAAUCUCCCACAGACCCCUCCCAACUGGACCAGGAUGCCUGGAGGGACUCCAUGCUGCAGCUAAAAGAGGGUCUCAACAGCGGUACUGUACUGGCCCAGUUUGAUCAAAUGUACCGGAAAAAGCCUGGAAUGACAAUGUCAUGUGCCAAAUUACCUCAGAAUAUUUCCAAAAACCGCUACAGAGACAUCUCACCUUAUGAUGCAACUAGAGUCAUCUUGAAAGGCACAGAUGACUACAUCAAUGCAAAUUACAUCAAUAUGGAAAUCCCUGCCUCCAGUCUCAUAAAUCGCUAUAUUGCCUGCCAGGGGCCGCUGCCCAACACGUGCGCAGACUUCUGGCAGAUGACGUGGGAGCAGGGCUCCUCUAUGGUAGUCAUGCUUACCACUCAGGUUGAGCGAGGACGUGUGAAGUGCCAUCAAUACUGGCCUAACCCCUCAGGUAGCGCUACAUACGGCGGCUUUCAUGUUUCCUGCCAUACGGAGGAGGGAAACUCUGCUUUCCUGGUUAGAGAUAUGACCCUUAAUCACAUUGAGAGUGGGGAGAGCAGGGAAUUGACCCAGAUCCAGUACCUGGCGUGGCCUGAUCAUGGUGUACCAGAUGACUCAACUGACUUCCUGGAUUUUGUGGCUCUGGUCCGGAGUAAAAGAGCUGGAAAGGAUGAGCCCGUUGUGGUCCACUGCAGUGCUGGCAUUGGCCGUACAGGAGUUCUCAUCACCAUGGAGACGGCAAUGUGUCUGAUGGAGUGCAGUCAGCCUGUGUAUCCAUUAGACAUCGUGAGAACCAUGAGGGAUCAGAGGGCCAUGAUGAUUCAGACACCUAGCCAGUUCAAGUUUGUGUGUGAGGCCAUACUAAAGGUUUACGAGGAAGGCCUAGUGAAACCCUUCAAGUCCACGCUGUACAAAUCAAACUAAUGUAAUGCCAGCUUUUCCUGAAAUUGAUGCUGAAAUUCACUGACGGAAUCUUUUUUACAUGAUAUCAUGGCCCCGUAACGGACGAACGAUGGAGAAAUUUCUCGAGCCAGGAACAAAGGACAUAAACCAAGCACUGCUGCACUUUACACUGGCAAAAAGACUAUAUGCCAAGCUUCAAUGGAGAGAUAAAAGGAGAAAAAAAACUAACAAAGGUGAAUUUGGUACUUAUUGGGACUUUGAGUGUUCAGGGUUUUAACAAACAUAUAUGUUAAUAAUGAAUAUAGAAGAGAUUGCUAGUGCCAUAUGUAAGUGUGUAAGGGCAGGCCCGUGAAUGAAUGAGUGUUUUUAUAUGUGGUGAUCUCCAUUAUUUGGAAACAAAAAAAGAAAAAUCCACAAGACACGUACAGAUGAACAGUUGUAUUUUUAUUCGGGAUAUUUAUUGUGUUUUAGUUUUAAUGUUGAGCCCUGCCCAUUGAACAAUAGUCACUACUUGCAAAUCAAGAUUGGCAUUUCUUACCACAGUGAUAGUGGAUUUAUUUUAUUUUUUUCCUGUAUGAUAUGUUCUCCCUUUUUUGACACGGGGUGAAAUUUGUUUUUAUUUAUUUUGCUGUAAUUAAAAUUGAUGCAGUCAGGACUUUAAAGCACUUGGCAUAUCAGCUGUUUCUGAAGUGCUCCAUGUCUACUACAUAUAGCGUAGUGUCAAGCACGACUGAACAAUUGUAAUACAAAAAAAUUAUCAGCCAUCAUUGGUCAGUUCAAUUACAAUUUAGUUUAAAGGAAUAGUUCACCCAAAAAUUAUCACUCUCUCAUCAUUUACUCACCCUCCCAAAGCCAUCUUAAACUGGUAUGACUUUAGUUCUUUAGUGGAACACAAAGGAGAUGCUUUGAAGAAUGUUCACACUGGUCACUCAAUUAAAACAGCAUACAGGACAAAAAUAACGGGACAAAAAGCACCAUAAAACAGUCCGUCUAAUGCUCUAUAAUCCAAGUCUUUUGAAGCUAUACAAAAGUUUUAAGUGAGGAAUGGACCGGAAUUUAAAUUAUUAAUUGCAGAAAAUCUUUUAACUGUCGUAGCUCUCAAAUCUAAUUUGUGCUACCUAGGGCUGGGUGAUAUGCAAGAAAUAUUUUCACAAUAUUUGUAUUAAAAUAUAUAUAUAUAUAUAUGCGUAUGCGAUAUCCGGAUACAUCGUUAACCCCGCUGCCUAUGGAUCGUUGAAUAUUUUUCAUACAUUUCACUUCCAUCAGUCGAUUUUGCUUUUAAAAUUAAAUUAAUUUAUUAAAAUACUAAAAACUUAAAACCAAUAUAUUUCUAAAAAUAAAGUAAAAUAACAAAGUGGUCAAAAAAUCAUAUAUAACCACCUCCCCAAAUCCAAAAAUUUACGGUCUCCAAAAUCCUCCACUGGCCAAAUUUGCCAUCACACAAGUAUCCCGUCUAAGACAUCAGGUGGAAAAUCACCAAUUCAAUUAAGAUCUAAAGACAAUUGUAAGUUUAAACAUAAUAAUGAUGAUAAUAGUAAUAAUAAUAUUUGAAAUGUAAAUAAAUCAUUACCUCAACAGUUUGUUUACAUCACUUAGUCUGUACUUAAAUGAAUGGAAAACACCAAUUUUCUUAUUAGGUGUAACCCUAACAAAUUCCAUUGUGGUCCCCAAUUAAUGCUGCCUAAUAAUUUUUGAGUUUUGAGUUCUUAUGGAACUCAAUUCCAGGUUCAAGGUGAACGUGUUUUUGUAUUAUUUUAUGAUUUAAACACUUUCAUCUUUAUUUCUUAAUCUGUGUUGUCCCUAAGAAGAUCGUAAGUUUAUUUAAUGGGGACUACGCACGCCAUCAUUUUAUUUAAAAAGAAAACUAUAGUUGAAUUCCUUUGCCUGCAAAUUAAACACUUUUCUUUAUGGAGUGGAUGAUGAAUACAUGUUGAUGUGACAACGCAAUGUAUUUUGCAUAACUUUUAAAUAAAAGUUUUUAUAAAGAC